AUGGCCAUCCUACGCCAAGUGGCUUAUAUCGCGAGUCUGGCACCGCUAGUUGUGGCAGACAUUGGCACAGGAGGAUACCUAGUUGUUGGUAAUGGCGCGCCAUGGAGUCUUCCAGACAGUUCAUUUCGGCCUCCAUCGCAAGCCAAUGCCACCGGCUCGUUCACCAUCCCAGCAUUCAACUUGUCUUCAUCAAAUGCAUCAUUACAAGACGAUGGGCAUAACUGGAACAUCGAAAUCUCGGUUCAGGCCAACAUCCCGCUCAAUGGCUCUACUGACACAAGCCUCAGCGGUGCCGAGAAGAAUGAAUUCACCCAGUUCGUCUCUAUGAGUUUCAAUAAUGUCGAGAAAACAGAAGUUUCCAAAAUUGCGAAAGAGAAUAAGAUGUGUGGCUACAUCAUGCUUGGUCUCAAUUCCAACGCGACCACGGACAACCAGGACGAUGCGAGCAAAGGCGGGAACUGUGACUUUUUUUCCCAGCAGUGCCAGGAUGACCUACAGGCCGACGCCCAACGUCAAUCAUCUGAUUGUGGUUCACUCACUAUACCAGAUUCUUGCCACGACUGGCUAGGCCCGUCUGGCAAUCAAAUCUUCCAAAUGACUUCGUUUGGACUCAACGAGAAGCUUCUCACCGACAAUCGCUUUUUCACCUUUGGGUCAGCUCCAGCUUCCGAGAAUAACGAAACAGAGUACGAUGCUGCCGUUAGAAACAUUUGGCCCGUCCUCUUCACAUUUAGUCACACAUCCAACACGCCGGAAAAUAUUACCAGUGUCACGUCAACGCUUCGCUGCUUGCGUGCCAGCAAUAUUACCAGCGGCAGCCGAGAUCCCGAAGCUUCAAACAAGGGAGGGGACGGAGACAAUGGGGAUGAUGGUCAUUCUAAUGCUGCUGGUCCCAGUUCUGUGCCUACACUAUGGUUGACCGUUUACUUGAUGGCAUUCACAUCUGGUCUCGCAUUUUUAUGA